AUGAAAGAGAUAAAUAGACUGCUGAGGCAGUCUUCCUCGGCUCCUGAGAUAAAAGAGCAGGGUAUGAGUGCACUGGGAAAUUCAUCUGUGGAUGAGAAGCUCCGCAUUAAACUUGCAAAGAGCGAUUUCCUGUCAUUGAUGAUUAAGUGCCGUGAAGACGAGGAUGUGAAAGUGAAGAAGCUGCAAGAGGUUUCUGGCAGCACAAAAGCAGUCACCUGCAAACAGGGAAAGUGUAGAUUUUACUUGGAAUAUUACGCUCCCAGUCUAGAAACUGGGGCCAUCAUCUUAGGGAAGGCUACUUUGAGUGAGUGGUCCAAUUACAGGGGACAUAAUAUACCCUCUGGCUGGAGUGCUAGAGGCGGGCAAGGCAAGAAUCCAUACACAAUGGGUGAUCCUUGUGGGUCUAGUAGCGGCUCUGCAAUAUCAGUUGCAGCAAAUCUUGUAACAGUGUCUCUUGGUACUGAGACCGAUGGCUCCAUUUUAUGUCCUUCCGAUUCUAACUCUGUAGUGGGCAUAAAACCAACCGUUGGUCUCACUAGUAGAGAUGGAGUAGUUCCCAUCACACCUCGACAAGACACAGUAGGACCAAUUUGCAGGACUGUAUCAGAUGCUGCAUAUGUUCUCGAAGCCAUUGCAGGCGAAGACAUUAGGGAUAAGGCAACCAUUGAAGGAUCAAAGUAUGUCCCAAAAGAAGCAUAUGCUCAGUUUCUGAUAAUAGAUGGGCUAAGAGGAAAGAGGGUUGGAAUUGUGAGAUUUUUCUACGAGUUUGGCAAUAAUACUUUCCGGCAGAAAACUUUUGAGCAACACCUGAAGACACUAAGGCAACAAGGCGCUGUUUUGGUUGACAAUUUGGUGAUAGAUAACAUCAAGGAACUCUUUACCAGCUCGAGUGAAGACAUUGCAAUGUCAAUUGAAUUCAAACCAUCCCUGAACUCGUACCUUAAAAACCUGGUCGUUUCCCCAGUGAGAACCUUAGCAGAUGUAAUUGCCUUCAACGAGGAACAUGCUGAAUUGGAGAGACUUGAUGAGUAUAGCCAGGACUUUAUGGUGGAAGCUCAAAAGACAAGUGGAAUGGGGAAAAUAGAAAAUGAGGCAUUAUCAAACAUGACAAGGUUGUCUGAGAAUGGAUUUGAGAAACUUAUGAAGGUGAAUAACCUAGAUGCAGUGGCGAUCCCUGGUGCAGUUUUUAGUCGUGUACUUGCCAUUGGAGGCUAUCCUGGAAUCGUUGUGCCUGCGGGGUACGACAAGGACGAGCCAUUUGGGAUUUGCUUUGGAGGGUUGAGAGGGUCAGAGCCAAAGCUUAUUGAAAUUGCUUAUUCAUUUGAACAAGCUACUAAGGUUAGGAGGCCACCACCGCGCCUUCAUGAGCUGAAAGCGUAAAUUAAAAUGAACAGAUGAUUCUGAUAAUUAACUAGAUGUAAUUAAGUUUGUUUGAACAAAUAAGGAGUGAGUUCAUUCGAAUUUUUAUCAUUUGUGCGUUGUACGGUUGUAGACUUGUAGUAUCAUUUACCAAGAAUCUGAAUCCAAUGGUUGGGAAGUACAAAAA